AUGGGAUUGCGUCAGCUCUACAGCCUGCCUGGCUCACGCGUGGGCAGCUCGCUGGGAAUUUCAACACAUGCCCAGCGAGGAACGGCGCAGUCGUCAGCCGCCGCCGACGCCUUCUCGAUGGAGCGUUUUGCCGCCUUCUACGAGGUGGCGCUGGAGGAGCUGAUGGGCGAGUGUGUGCGCCGCGUCGCCAACGCACCAGCGGCGUGGCGGGACAGUCAGCGGCAGCUCAUCGGCGGUGAUAUGAACCGUGACCUGGCCACGAGCACGCACUCCUUUGACUCCCCACGCAGCAGCGCCAUGCCCCCAUUCGGCGGCGCACCCUCCAGCGUGGCACUCAGCUGCGGCACCCCUGUGUACUCGCCACGCUUCGCCAAUCCGCUGCACAACAUACAUGGACUGCACGUCCGCGAACUCAGCAGCGACGUCGCAGCCGCUCAGAGCCGCACCUCCACCCCACUGCCACCACCGUCUCUGCAUGCAAACACGGUCUUCUUCAGCGCUGCCGGGCAGGAGCGCCAGGCGGAACAAGCGAAAAGCGUAGUGGAUGAGGGGGCGGUGUCGACGUUGCUCGCUGCCCUGGGCCGACACCAUGGCAAGAUGGCACCGAUGGUGUUCAUCGCUGGCCUGGCGUACCUUGCGCGAGUCACGGCGCAGUGCGCCUCCGAGUUUCUGAGCGUUACACACGCAAACUGGUACCGCCUCACCACCACCGCCAUUCUCGUUGCCGCCAAGGUGUACGACGAGCACAGCUCGCCCCGACUGAACGCCUGCUUUGCCCGAUCCUCCGGCAUUCCACUGAGCGAGAUGACGCGGAUGGAGCUUGACUUUCUGUACCUCCUCGAUUUCGAUCUGCUCCUGAAGGAAUCGGAGGUGGAGCAGUGGCUAAUAUGGAUGGAGACGCUCGCGCUGCGCCGCGACUUGAUGACGCCACUCAACACUUACGUGCUAGACACAAGCGCGAGCACGCCUGCCGUCCAAUUCGCCAGCACCCCGAAGCCGUCUUUCACAAGCUGCACCGCACUUACAGAGUACGGGGAGCGCAGCAAGACAUGCGCGAUAUGCGAGACGGGACGCACGCCGGGCUUAUCCUGCGAGGUUCCGGAGGGCGAAGAAGAGACGGUCGGGACCUCCCUGUUCUCUGCAGUCGUCCCGCGCAGCGUCCCGCAGAUGCGUGUGGCUUGCAGCUGUGCGAUGACGGCCCCGUGCGCCGUCAGCAGCGCUGCGCACUCGCGAUGCCCUACUGGUGCAGCGGUGGCGACUGACGCGCCAUUCCUCACUGCCCCCCUCGCCGACCUCUCCAGCCUCCCGCCUCGCAGCUCCGCUAGCUCGGUGCUGCUUCCGGCCAGUGUGUUGGAUGGCACCUUCAGUGCCGUUAGCGCGGCGAGUGUGCCAGGCCGCGCGUCAUCUUCCUUGAAUGACCGUCGGGCCUUUGUUCCACCAUUACCGAUCCUCGGCGCGCUGCCGCUUCGCCCGCCGACGGCGAAGAGGCGCCUGUUCAGCGUCGUGCACGGUACUGCCGAGCCGCCGAGCCCGAUUUCGGUGCGUCAGCUCGGCCGCCUGGGCGGUAGCCCGCCAAGUCCGCUGCGGCCCCCUUCGGUGGGGCGGCACCCGUCGGUGCGGUUCUUCAAGUCGCAAGCCACGCAUGCUCACGGGCCGCACCGCCACGCCAGUGGAACGGCGGGUCGCGCUGAACUCGGCACGAACGGCGCCGAGGACGGCGGUGGCAAGGUGUCGAGGCGGUCGUGCCAAGAUCAGCUGACGAGGGCGGGCAGCGCAAGUGCAACUGGCCAGACCCCGGCACCCGCCGCGGCGAGCUACCAGCAAAAGCGACGCUGGGGUCCACUCGGUAUGGUGCAGCAUGUGCGUGAUGUUCUCGGCGUCACAGCUUCUUUGGUGCGUGGUCAACUGAACGUGCUAGCACCGUCAGCGCAUGCCGAGGAGUUGAGUCGGCUGCCGCCGCCGCAACAGAACAAGCAUCAACCCGCGUCGCAGGCGCUACGGUCGUCUACCAACAGUCUUUCUGGAAGGGGGGCGCGUACGAGUCUGCAACCGCAGUCAUCCGCCGCGCCGCCGCGUCGCACCAACAGCGGUGGCACCUAUCCGCCUUUUCCCGAGAAUUGGAUGGACGAGCGAAAGCCGCAGGCAUGCAAUGCUCCGCCCGCCGCAGUCGCAUCUCGUGGCUCUACCGACUCUCAUCCCCAGCCUAGCCCUACUGCACCGGCUCGCGACCGCUGCGGUCCUGCGACGCCUGGCGUUGUAACCAGGCGGAGCCCGAUGCCCCGAAGCAGCCCGCAGCAGGUAGACCCUUGCUCGUCGGCGGGGACGCAGCCGUAUACGAGUACGGUUGCUAAUGCCGCUGCUGCUCAGCCAACAGCGGCGGCAGCCGCGAACGGGGCGUACGCGGACGGCGACGACUCCCACGACGAGGAUGACGAGGGGUACGUGGAGUGCGAGUACGGCUACUACACCGAGGACGGUUACUUCCACUACUAUGACGACGACGAGGGCGCGGAUGGGGAGUACGACGAGUACUACGGUGAAGAGGACGAAGAGGACGAAGAGGGCGCGUGGUACGAGGAUGAUGAGGACGAAGCUGCUUACUUCCAGCGAUGCCGCCCACCGCUGACACACUCGCCGCCGUCCUUGUAG